CGUUUGACAGUAUGGCGGAAGAGGAGAGCGACUUCAAUUCAGGAAGGUUUAAAGAAGAAUUAGAUAGUUUGUUGGAUUGCGGCGUUGCCAGCGAAUGUGAUUUACAAAGCAAGAACUACUGUUCAAGGUUUUGCGAUUUGGUGGAGGAAUACAGCGCACGAUGGCAAGUACCAUUGCCUCAGCUACAGGUGCUGCGGACAGCGCUGUGCUGCUUCGCCCAGAGUACGGUCUCUUUACCAUCCAACUGCGAGCACGUGCAGUAUGCACUGAGCAGCCUUGCCUUGAGCUUUUUUGAACUGUUGCUGUUUUUUGGGAAGGAUGAGUUUCUGGAGGAUCCUUUGAAAGACAUCCUUGAAUCUUUUCAGGACUGUUACGUGAAAUUGACAAGACACAGUAAUGCCUACCUGCUCCAGGUGAAGCUUGUCAUGGAAGAUGGCGGGCCAUGGGAGAGUCCUGUGCUGCAGGCCAUUCUGAAAGAAUCAGACCAGCCUCAGGAGGAAGUGGAGAGAUACUUGAGCUCUGAAAUCCAAGUCUUCUUGGAGCUGCGCAUACGAUACCUGCUGGCAUGCGAACGCAUUGGAGAGGCCAUGGCCCUGGCCAAGGCCUGCAUAGAACACUCGGCGGUGGGGAAACACCUGUACUUUCACCAGGCCUACCUGACGUGCCUCUGGAAAGCAUCUCUCUAUGACCGUCUGCACAAACAAGUGGCUGAGAUCGAUGGGAGGCACGCCGUGGAGAUCAUCUGCAACACGGAGAGCGAGGAGAGGGACGACCUGCUCCUGGCUCUCUGCAAAGCCUUCCUCAUUCAGCAGCUGCAGAAUGGAGACAUGUACUACCUGUGGGAGCUGAUCUUCAUAUGGAGCAAACUGCACCUCAGGGAAAAUCCUUCGAAGCAGGACUUCCUGGAACAGUGCCAGCAGCUGAUGCUAUCUGCGAAAAAUGUCAAAUCUGUUUUUCCAUUCGUGAAAGUCAUCAAUGCAGAACUGGGGAACGAAGGCUUGCAGUUCUGCGUGGAGCUGUGCGCCUGUGCUCUUCAAAUGGACCGUUGCCAUGACCCCGUCACCAAGGCGCUUCUCUACAAGACCAUCGCCUACCUGCUGCCUAACGACCUGGAAGUCUGCCGGGCCUGCUCCCUGCUGGUGUUCUUUCUGGAACGUUCCGUGGAAUCCUACAAGACGGUGUACCUCCUCUACACCCAUCCCGACCAGGAGUACCACGUAGACUACGGCCCUGUCAAGAACCACGUCCGCUUUGAGACGCUUCGGAUCCUGAAAAGGGGGCUGUUUUUCGACCCGGAGUUCUGCAGCCUGAUUGCUCUGAGGACGAACUGCCUGAAGCUGAUGAGCGAGAAGGUGAUGGAAGAGGCUCAGGCAGAAAUCGCGGAUUUGGACGAGCACAGGUGGAUACCGAACCACUGCGCGAAAGAGCAGCGUAAGGAGCACCGGGAGUCCGCGGCCCGUCGUGCCAACCGGGGGAUAAGGCGGCUUGUGGGGAAGACCAACAAGCCGCUGGUAAAACGCAUCGUCGUGCCGCCGGAGGUUGCCGUAGAUUCCCCCGUGAAGAAGAGGGGCAGGAAGCCCGGGUCGCGCGUCCUCAUUGUGGCGGACGUGUCCCUGCUGAGAUGGUCUUUCAGGCAGCUUAGCAUGUCUCAGGAAUCCUCUGUCAAGCAGUGCAGGGAGAGGCGGCAGCGGCACUGUCCGAAGCAGGCCGAGAAGAGGACCCAGAAACGACGCGGCAGGAAGCCACGGAGACUCGUGCAAGAGGGCACGGCCCAGGCGGAGAACAGUGCCCUCAGAUACACUGUGCGCCGUGGGAAGAAAACAUACCUGUCCCCUAAAGACAGACACCUUUACCAACAUGCUGCAAUGCAGGUGUGCAAACAAAGGGACAGAACACAAGAAAUGUUGUUGCAUCGAGCAGAAGAUGGCGUGCAGACCUCUAAUCUGGCAUUGAUGGAGACUACACGUGGAGGAGAAACAUUACCUAUGGCGGGUGUACCGGUUCCAGGUGGUCUACCGGUCCCUGCUAUCCAGGGCUCUACGCUGGAAGUCUCAUUUCCUGACAAUGAAAUGAUGGACACGUCCUCCCUGGAGCAAGAGAAUGAAACACCAAGCUUACACCAGGAUCUCACGGUCCAAUCAGAUACUCUUGUCAAGGGCUGUGUAAGAGCACAGGAUGCUUCCAUGAACGUGAACUUUGCUGAACCUUGUGAAAACCGUCUGAUUGAAUCAAACAGUCCAGCAAGACCACUGACAGACGUGGCUACGGUUUUGGAGGAACAUUCUAUUGAGGCAGACAGAGAAUUAGUGCGGUGUUUGCAUAGCUAUUCUAAAAUUCAUUGGGAGCCUGUCAGGCUCUCAGCCGAUGUGCCAAGGGAGUUAGCUCUUGCGCAAGAGGUGAGCAAGUCCGAAAGCACUGAGCUAGAGGAGCAGGGCCCCAGAGAUCCCCAUGAGUCAGUCCUCCCACAGCCUCCAUCGGGCAUUGGAUUGAAUUCCCCAGAUGCGGUGGAGGUUUCCACACCAGGAGUUUCUCAGGAGACACCUGAGAGGGUUGCACAAGCCCGGUCUAUCUCUGGAAGCACAGACAAUCUUCCGGAUAGAAAAAACACCUCUGCCACGACAGCUACACUUCUCAAAAGUUCUAUUCAUGUCCGUAACUGCAUUGUAUCCCAGACCGCUUCGCCCCCCGAACCUGAACGGAAACAAAUAUUAGCCUCCGUGCUAUCGCAUGCUAAUGGCACACGAUCAGAAAAGGCUUCUGCCCAACUCCCGGCUGUUACCUCUAUCAGACUUGAGCGUUGUGUCCUGGUGCUUCACUGUAGCCUGUGCAACAAGGACUUCAAGGGUGGAAACAUAAUGCGACAUGCUUUCGCUCACCUUCAAAGGGAAAAGCUCAAGUGCAUGUUUUGUGGAAAACGGUUUAACUGCCAGUUGACUGCAAAGAGCCACGUAACGGACCACAUCGAGGAACUGAAAGCACAGGCCUGCCCCAAGGAAGGCACCGCCCAUGGAAUUAGAACUUCUGAAUCCUUGGAACAAGUUUCAGCAUCUUUAUCACCUGAAGACAGGCACAAAAGGAAACUGUUGAGCGACGCUGGGGUUCCUUUAAACAGCGGGACGUUGAACCAUACACUAAAAGACUUGAAAAGGCAAGAACAAGUUUCAAUGCCUCUGAAAGAUAAAGCAGCCCUUCAGAAGGUUAAUGGAUCAGUUGUGGCAGGGAGACCACAGAGCAGGAAGGAGGAAGAGUUCGGCCCUGUGGAUCACUGUACGUUUGUCAGCAUGGAUGUGGCUCUAAUCGGCCAGCACGUGGUGGAGCCUCACCCCGGAGACGCUCAGGUCGAUGAAACCACCGAAGCUGGACGCAAGGACUGCGAAACAACUGUAUGCGGGACGGCAGCGGACGAGGUGCUUGCAAAUGGGCACAGUGAAGACGGGGUGACAGUCCUGACAGUCUCCGCCCACAGAGAGUCCUGGGCUGCCAAUCAACCGAAAGGGGGCGGCGAGUUCUGUGAGGUCAGGUGCGCGGACGGUUUGAGAGAAGGUGACGCCGGUCAGCAGGAGGCAGUUGAGGCCAAGGCGAAGGAGCAGGCGGACUGUGGCGGGGCGUCCAGCAGGCCCUUCGUUCGCCUCUCCCCUUCAGCCUACCUGGACGAGCGGUUCACCAGCAUGCCCAAGCGCAGGAAGCCGUCGCCUGAAAACCGCCGCCCCCCGGCCCCGCAGCGCUGCUCCAGCUGCUUCUCCUCCUUCGGCUGCGCGGAGGAGCUGCAGCGCCACCUGUCGCUCAACAAGUGCACUUCUCUGUUUGGCUUUGACUCGGACGACGAGGGAAAGUCGGACUGGGCUUGAUCAACAGGGAAACUGAGCCGCUUUGACCGUAGCACUUACCUGAUGACAUUUUGCUGUUUUGGGUAGAGAAUACCAUUAGAACGAUGGAUACACACAUGUGUGUGUAUUCAUAUACAGGUGCAAGUGCCUGAUUAAAAAGAAGUCAGCAUCCAGGAAGAAGGGGUUCUUGUACAAGGACUAGCCCAGUCCAGUGGCUGCGGUUCAGCACUUACUAUUUUUAUUUUUGUGGUCUCACUAGCCCAAAAAUUAGGAGAAGAAAAACUCAUGUUCUUAAGACUGAAGAAUUAAAAUCUCAGUAUGAAGCUUGGGGCCUCUGAGAGGUGCCCAAGGGCAUGCCGUAGCGCUCUUGUUAUCUUGGACAAACUUCUUGUGGAACCAAGUUCCCCAUUUGAAAGUCCUGGAUCGGUCUGCUGCCGGCUACUGCCAGCACCCGCUCCUGGAAGAAGCGAAGCAUGGGCCUGACUUUGACAGUUCUUUCUGCUUCAGAAGCUGUACCGCAGAUAUUUCAAAAAUGAAGUCCUGGAGGGCUGCAGCAGCUGCUGGUUUUUCCACAGCAUUUCAGCACUUUGAUGCUUUAAUUAUAAAGUUGGCUAAGAGUCUGUGUACCCUGUUUCUAAGGGCUAAAUUGGCUGUAGAUGGGAAAGAACCCACACAAAAAAAAAAACUGCAGUAAUUGUGGCCCUCUGGACUGGCAUUUCAGAUCACUGCUGUAACGGCACAGUCUGUGGAGCAAGGACGGAACUGGGCCAAAGUGAAUAAUGGUUUAAUUAUGGUUUAAUUAAGACACUCAUUGAUAUUACUUUGUCCUAAUAAAUAGAAACUCAAACUUGACUGAACCCUCUACUGAACUCUACAACAGUAUGUUGCCCAUCGCAGUACGCUCACUACCUAAACCUUCACCUGAAGGCACUCUUGUUUACUAUAACAUCACAUCCUACUGAGGUCCAGAAUACAGGAUCUUUCUUUUUUUACUUUGUACUACAUUGUGCCUGUUGGAUAUAGAGGCUUUUUAAUUCAGUGGAAAAGGAAAUUGCACUGUUAAUUAUCCCAGUGCCCCUAGAGGCUGCUUCAUUAACUCAAGUUUUGCAAGUGUUCAGUAUUGAACAUUGUUCCGGAAGAGCAAAUCAUUGUGAUUAUUGUUUGCAAUAGUUUUGCAAUGCAAAUGGGUUUUCACCAUUUUUGAACAUAUUUUAAUCAUGGAAAGUAAUGGAAAGUGGUAAACUAUUCCACUGUCUUCAAAAACCGUAGCACUUAAAAAAAAUAUCUACAGCAGGCAAUUUGCAUCCACUUUUUUUUUUGCUAAACUCACAAGCUCGAGGUCUUUAUAUUUCAGUCUGCAGAUAGUACCAACACGAUUGGACACCCCACUGAUUUGUAUAAUGCUUCCAUUACCCAAGGGAGAGUGAAGCAUACGCCUUUGCAGAGUUAAUCUGCAUCAAAAUGUAAGUAUUUCCUUAUAAAGAAGCCCAGUAGCUCCUGACUGUUGCACCGUGAACAUCAUUGAAAAGUUAUGGAAAAUGCUAAUUGGAUUUGAGUGGGAACCCUGUGUGUGUCUGUCAGGCCUAAUACACUGGGUGUAAGGCCCCUAGUAGGUGAACUGUUUGCCAUACCCCCUCAGGUAAAGACAGCUAAUCCAUGACACAAAUUUUCAGUCAAAAGGAGUAAACAUUCUGGUCUAAAUCCAUACCCUUUUUUGGUACAUGAAAAUUGUGACUGUUCCUUUGAGCAGCUGCGGCUUUAUUUAUUUAAAUAUCCUUAUAUGUAUAUAUUCCUUCUGUAAAUGUUUAAAACAAGGUCAAUGGUUUGUGUGUCGUCUUUUUUAAAAUGAACUUUUUCAGUUAUGUUUGAAAUAAAGUCCUCAUUUGGAAUAGUGGAUUAUUAAAAU